AUGCCCGACGAGUUUAUAAAGAAUGAACUUGAGGAGCAGAGACCGUCGACCCCUCCAUAUUUCCAAACUACUCGUCGGGACGAGUUAAUGUAUCUCCAGCCCAGGAAGAAUACAGUUCUCGUUUCACAUGGUCGACCUCCUUGGUACGGAGAGGAUGGCCAGAGAACGUCGGAUGCGUUCGUAAUCGGGGUAGCAGGUGGGUCUGCGAGCGGCAAGACCCACGUUGCACGGCAGAUUGUUCACAAAUUGGGGUCCAUCCCAACUGUUAUUAUUCUAUCCCAGGACAGUUUCUAUAAAUUCCAUAACGAAGAGGAGCUUGCUUUGGCACACGCCAAUCUGCUUGACUUCGAUCAUCCAGAGGCGAUUGACAUGCCCAUGUUUGCAGCAUGCUUAGCAGAUUUAAAAGCCUGCAAGCAAUCUAAUAUCCCCGUAUACUCAUUUGCGGAGCAUCAACGACUGGAAGAGAAACGAUAUCUUUAUGGCGCAACUAUUAUCAUUGCGGAAGGGAUUAUGGCACUUCAUGAUUCAGCAUUGCGAUCAUUAUAUGAUCUUAAGGUUUUUGUGCAAUGCGACUCUGACCUAAUGCUUGCACGGCGGAUCAAACGCGACGUAAAGGAGCGUGCUCGCAGCGUUGAGGGGAUUCUUGAUCAAUACCUUCGAUACGUGAAGCCCUCGUAUGACAACUUUGUCAGGCCUUCUUCAAGCCAUGCUGACAUAAUAGUUCCUGGGUCGAAUAACGAAGUAGCCAUCGAUCUCAUCUGCACGCACAUCCGCCAACAGCUACAAGAGCGAUCCAACUGCAUGCGGCAAAGGAUGGCCAUCCCACAUCUCUACCUACGCUCCAAGUCCGGCACAUCUUCGCCAGAAAGCAGGCUAGAAGAUUUAAACCUCGCGGUCCUUCCCAAAACGCCACAGCUCGAGGGCAUAUUUACUAUCCUACGGUCCAAAGAAACCAGCCGGCAGGACUUCAUCUUUUUCGUGGAUAGAUUAUCCACGAUUCUUGUUGAAAAUGCGUUGCAACAUUUGCCGUAUCUUCCGAAGACCGUCGUAACUCCUGUGGGCGUGGAAUCACACGGAAUGAAACUUGAUGCAGAUCUGAUUUGCGGGGUCACGAUUAUGCGAUCGGGUGGUGCGCUUGAGCGUGGCUUUAAACGAGUUAUCAAUGACGUCCCAGUCGGCUCCUUGCUCAUCCAAUCCGAUUCAAAGACCGGAGAACCCAUGCUACUGCAAGUCAUGCUCCCCGCUUAUGUCCGCUUGCGCCAUCUCGCGAAAGAUACGUGGGUAUUCUUGCUUGAUGCUCAAAUCGGGACUGGCGCAGCUGCUUUUAUGGCCAUUCGAAUACUUCUGGAUCAUGGGGUACAAGAAAACCACAUCGUCUUCGUCACUUUUAUCGUAGCGCGGGGAGGUGGAAUUUCCGUUUUGCGCCGUGCCUUUCCAGAGGUAAAGGUCUUGUGCGGUGCUGUUGACGAUCGAGUGCAAGAAGGAUGGCUGGAGGGUUAUAAAGGGGAAGGAAAUCCCGAAGGACAGGGCAGGCAAGUGUGGAUCAUGCAGCCUGGGAUGGGGCAGAUUGGGGAUCGUUACUAUCUCUGA